AUGGCGCCGAGCAAGCUGCGCCAAGCGCUGGGCGCGGUGAAGGACCAGACGAGCAUCGGGCUCGCCAAGGUCGGCAGCGGCGGCGCCCUGGAGGCGGACCUGGACGUGGCCAUCGUCAAGGCCACCAGGCACAGCGAGUCGUUCCCGGCCGACGAGCGCCACAUCCGGGAGAUCAUCACGCUCACCUGCCUCUCCCGGGUGUACGUCAGCUCCUGCGUUUCCUCGCUGUCGCGCCGCCUCGGCCGGACCCGGAGCUGGGCGGUCGCGCUCAAGACGCUCGUCAUCGUGCACCGCCUCCUCGGCGACGGGGACCCGGCGUUCGAGCAGGAGAUGUUCUUCGCCACGCGGCGCGGGACGCGGAUGCUCAACAUGUCCGACUUCUGCGACCGCUCCCGUGCCGACGCCUGGGACUUCUCCGCCUUCAUCCGCACCUACGCCGCCUACCUCGACGACCGCCUCGAGUACCGGAUGCAGGGCAGGCAGCAGGGCGGCGGCGGCGCCGCGCGCGGUGGCAGGCCGCUCCACGAGGAGAUGUACGCCGCGUCCCCCGGGAACCGCUACACCUGCGACGUCGCCGCCCCCUGCUUCAACGGGAGACAGGAGGACGCGGUGGACGCCGAGGCUCACAGCAAGGCGGUGGCGCUCGUGCCCAGGGACCCGCCCACGAGCGAGAUGACGGUGGAUCAGCUGCUCGUCAAGGCCAACCAGCUGCAUCAUCUCCUCGACCGGUUCAUCGCCUGCCGCCCUGUAGGCGCGGCGAAGGCGAACCGGGUGGUGGCGGUGUCUCUGUACCCGCUGGUUAAGGAGAGCGUGCAGCUCUACUGCGAGCUCACGGAGGUGAUGGCCACGCUCAUCGAGCAGUUCGCGGAGAUGGAGACCGCGGACUGCGAGCGCGUGCACGCCCUCUUCUGCGGUCUCGCCAAGCAGCUGGAGGAGCUCGAGAAUUUCUACGCGUGGUGCAAGGUCGUCUGUGUGUGCCGCCAGUCCGACGUCCCGGAGGUGGAGGUCGUCACGCAGAAGAAGCUGGAACUCAUGGACGAGUUCAUCCGCGACAGGCACGCCGCCGCGGACUCGCAGCAGAGGCUCCCGCCGCCGGAACCGGAGCCGAUGGCAAGCCCAGAGCCAGCCCUCGUCGAAGAGGAAGAGGACGACGAUAUGAACGCAACCAAGGCACUUCCAGCGUCUGAGGUGCCGCCGGCUGCGGCGAAAGCGGACAGGAGGCCAGUCGAGCCAGAGGCCUCGCUCAUCGUGGCCGACCCGGUCGAGGAGGAGGCCGACUUCCUCAACCUCAAGGCGGACGCCAUGUCCGGCGAAGAGCACGGACAGCAGCUGGCGCUGGCGCUGUUCGACGGCGACAUAGCCGGCUCAGCGCCGAAAGGCAACGUGUUCCAGGGCGCUUCGGCGGACUGGGAAACGGAGCUGGUCCAGUCCGCGAGCGCGCUUGCGAACCAGCGCGCCGAGCUCGGCGGCGGCCUCAGUAUGAUGGUGCUGGACGGGAUGUACAACCAUGCGGCGGUGGCCAACAACGCACAGACGUUCUCCGGCAGCGCCAGCAGUGUUGUGAUGCGGCCACCCGGGGCGCCCAUGCUCGCCCUGCCGGCGCCUCCAGGAGGCAGCAGCGCCGCAGUAGGUGCAGACCCUUUCGCGGCGUCGGCGUUGGUGCCUCCGCCGACGUAUGUUCAGAUGUCCGACAUGCAGACGAAGCAGCAACUGCUGACGCAGGAGCAGCAGAUGUGGCGACAGUACGGCAAGAACGGAAUGAAUCAGGGAGCCUUAGCAAUGCUAGAGCAGCGGCCAAACCAGAAUCGGCAGUUCCUACCUCACAUGGGGCACAAUUACGCAGGGUAUUGGACUUCUUAA